AUGUCUUUCUGGCCUCAGUUACACCUCAUCAGAGCACGCCAGGACACCGAGGGCAUCUCUCUAACCUACGUGCUCAUCAACCUGAUCGUCGCAACUCAACAGCUCGGUCUUUACAUCCACAUGAUCUCAUUCCAAUACAAAGGAGCUCCGGCAGGCAUGAUCAACGACCCGCCCUCGUUCGGAGACUACCUGAACCUCACCCAAUUCGCCGCCGUCUGGCUUGGACAUUUCACACUGUAUGCCGUCUCCUCAAUAACUUCGAUAACGGCCUCUUACCUUCCUAACAGUUUCCUGUACCUCCUCUAUCUCCUCCCGCAGACCGCAUGGUCCACGGCAGCCGCUGCACUCAUCUACCUCGGCCACCUCACCCUGCACAUUCCGCCACUCAUCAUAGAAGCCAUCUUACCAGCGGAAGGCCCGGACACUGACGCUUUCAACGACCGUACCUGGGCCGCUGCUUGGUACUGGGCCGGACACACGCUUUACCUUAACCAUUUAAUCUCCUGUCUUGGCUUUUUGUCAUUGUUCGCGCAAGCGUACGCGUCAGUAUCCCGCCCUGCACUCGGUGCACUGAGCGUAGAGGGACUGCGAUGCCAGGCCGUGGUCUUUACAGCGGUUGCGGAUGACGAUACCGUACAGGAUUCGGAUCUCGAGGCUUUUUUGGCCUUAUUUCAGGACGUGGUAUGA